AAUGGCUAUUUUCUAGCAAGCUAUGAUUCGCGGAACCAUUUAACAUUGUCGCUCUGUUACAGACAUUUUGUACGUUUGAAGAAUUAAAAACAUUGAAGGAAAUCCUGCACGUGUUUCGAUACGAUCCACCAUGUACGAUCAUGAUUUUUGUAACCUUUGGCAAUGACGUUGACGAAAGAUCUCUAUCCUUGGCACUGUCUCGAAGUAAGUUAGUAGAGUCGUGAUGCAGUGAUAUCAAUGUACCAACCGGUUUAUAAUUUCAAUCAAAAGCAGACGACGCAGAAGAUCUUACACGUGGUUCGGACGUGCGUUCGUCCAUUAUGAGGCAGAUAUAUGUAUGACCUUGGUGUCUUAGUAUAAUUUGCAGGAACAGAGGUCUCUACUCGUGGUUGAUACUAGACUCCUUCGUCUAUUCGACGAGUUAAUACUUACGUCUGUUAUACAAUCACAUGUUCCUAACCGAACAAUCGUAAAAGUCGUUCUUUUUUUUCCAAUACAUCCGCGUCGCUCGAAUUAAACCUGAUUAAAUAUCACGAUGAUUUCCAGCCGAUGAAUAUAGAAACAACGUUGAUGAUUUUUUUGCAUCUCUUAUGUUCAGCUUUUACAGAUCGUACGAGCGAUAAAUUUAGUAUUCAUAAGUGAACAAUUACUUAGAGACAAGAAUAUUUACCUCGAAAAGCACGAUACAUGUUCAUUGAUUAAGACGAUUCUGUUUAGCGCAUUACGUCAUGUUUGAAAAAAAAAAAUAAAUUAUCCACAGCUUCAGGGAACUAUUUUAAACUUCAAAUCAAAAUUAUUGAGAUAAAUUACCACGGUAUGCGCAUUCCCUUGAUCGCUUGCAUAAGUGAUCCUAGAAAGACGUUGAAAAUAAUUCCGUCGUCGACGCAAGUCUAUUAUUUCAUAUAGAGCGAAUAGUUUGCCUGACGAACGAACAAUCUUGUUCGUUGAAGGAGCGAAAUACACUUCACGGUAGCAAGAGACAAGGUCGCGAAGUAAUUCACCGUCGGUGGUCGUUGAUCUCGUAGGAUCGGUCGAAACGUCGUCAUAAGUUCCUCAGAGAGUUCCUUGCCGCAGUCGUGCGGAUCACUCGGGCUUGACGUGCUAGUGUCGUUGAUACGACGAUACUCGUAGUUCUGCGGAGCUUUCCUGCACAAGACACGCACCGUUUAAUUUGUGUGGAACCGAGUAGCGCGUAUAACAAUGACCUCGCGGAUUAACUUCAAUCAGCGAAACUUCAGACGUCUAACCCCGUUGAGCUGGCCAGCUUUGCUGAACGGAUGUACGUGCAAAGAUGCGGAGAACAACGUGGAAGACGCUUAGGAGAAAAUGAUGGUACAGAAAAUUAGGAAACAUGACGAUUCGUUUGUCAGUCGACGAGCAGGAUGAGUGGCGCUUCAACGUAACUUGGCUGGCUGCUGUGCUUUCCACGAAAAGCUAUCGGUGUGCAAGAUUUCGUCGUGUAAAUCAGAAUUAAGCUAAAUAGCGAUAAACGAGACACUGUUCUACUUCUACGAUAUUAGUUUAUCUCGUCGAUUUUCUGGGACGAAGCUUAGCGGCACUCUGAACAACCUGAAAGUUUAAGGAUUGCUGGCACAGAUCAGUCUGGAAGCUCGUUCGACGUAAAGGAAACACUCUGAUAAAUCAUCUUCGUCUAAUUCUACAGAAUCUCUAUGCAAACACAUUUUCGCGUAACUACAAGAAGCUCUAAUAACGAUUAACAGUUGUUCCACGUUCUUCGUUGCACCGGCUGGCACGUGGCUUUGAUAACGUUACCCGGAAGCGCAUCGACAUCCUCUCGUCACUCGAUCAACCUGUGAUUGAUUUAAGAAAAAAAAGAAAGAGAGAGAUACGAUUUGCGUUCCUACGAUCUCGUUGGAAGUUUCGAAACGAAAACACACUUCGUCCAAAGACAGAGAUAACAUCUCGUGAAAUAAUUAAUCCACGUGGCAAACAGUCAUCUUUUACGACGCAACUGCUCGUCAAAUCGAUGUAAACGUCGUCAUCGUCAUCUGAAAUAGCAGCGAAACUCGAGAGUCACCGUGGAGAAAGUUUGGCCCGGGAUUAUUCGAUUACAAAAAAGUUGGACGAUAUUCGCUCGUCAAAUAGAAAAAGCAGAAUAGGUCAGGUAUUAAUCGAAAUUCGAAUUCGCUACGUGACCAAAUACGGGACGAUUUUACGAGGUAAACCAAGUCACAUUUUGCUCAUCAGCACUGAGUGGUUCCAAUUGACGGUCGGGUCGACCCUCCAGCGUAGACACUAUUGGUCAGCCUUUUAAUACCGGCGGUCGCGAUUGGAUCAGAUACCCAGAUCGUUCUUAGACAGAAGACAUCGCUGGAGCAUUCGCUUCAAAACUUUUAACGUCGUCAGUGUCGCGCAAUUUGCUGUCCGUUGACGUUCGCAAGGGUAGAGAUCCGAGAGACAUUCGCGCGUUCAGUUUGUUUCAGUCGAUUUAAGUCGGUCAACGGGUAGCAGCGAGCCUCAUAAAGAUAAUCAAGCAGAAGAAUACGACAGCGGCAAUUGUAUCAGGAAAUUGAGGCAUUUGGCCUGCAUCGCAACCGAUUUCAAAAUAAGACUCGUUUAUCGCCGAUAUUAUCAGUGGAAAUCGGACAUCGAUAUUUUCGAAAAGAAGAACGAGCUAGCCAGACGAGUAUAGUUUUGAAUUUUGAUAACGCGCGAUAAACGUAUCUCGAACGAUAUCCGAAGUCUCGUUCGCCAGUUGAAUGGCUCAAAUUUACUGGCUCUUGCUCUUCGAAAGAUCUUGAUCGUUAGCAUUUAUCAUCAAGAGAUAGCGAAGCGAAACAUUCGGAAGAAAGAAAGAGGAGUUAAUCCGUAGGGAAGAUUCGUGUUCUUAGUAUCCAACGAAGAAGACGUUGCGGGGUGAAUUGUUGGAAAGAAUCGUCCUUGGCCGAGUGGAAAGGACUUUGAGAAAGGUCGAGAAACGAAACACAUUCGAUUUGGUCUUACGCCACGAAGCCUCGUCUUUUUCUUCCGGAUCAAGUUUAUCUUUCCGUCGGCAUCAUGGAACGAAGGAUCCUGAAAAUGUGGUGACGACGUGAUAGGCGAAGGCCUUCGAUUAUCGAGACACUAUCAAGUGGUGUGAGCCAUAGUCGUUAGAAAGCAAACCGAAAUAUAUUUUACGUGUCCGGUGACACUCGCUAAGAGCGACGAUCGUUUUUAACGUAUCAAUACGAAACGAAUUCUCAUUGAAGAUAAAACAAAACGAAAUUUCUGCCAGAAAAGCAACUCCUGAUUUGCGUUCUAUUUUAUCGAACUGUAGAAAGUGUCGGUCGAACGUACAGUUUGCAAUUCGUACAACUUUUCCAUAUCGAAGAACCGAGGAUACGUUGGACGAGAGGAAAAGAAAGAGAGUAGCUAGCAGACUGUCUUUUCGCGAGACUUUAAAAUUCUCAAGGAAAAUAAUAACAAGAUGCGUUGCAGCCAAGGUGUGGCGAUGGUAUUCGAGGACGCGUUCGUCGUCUUUUCGCGGUUUCUGUCCCUCAAGUCGCGGGGUUGCGCACUCUUGGAAACGCACCGGCAACGCGAGACAACUGGCAUCAAGAAAUUGUACAACAGCUUCUUCGUAAUGUUCUAAGGAUAGCUCUAUCUCGAGGAAGUUCGGCCCUUCAUUGACGGUGGUCGAGUGAUGCACCGUGCACUUCCGAGAUCAUUGUCGAUCUGGAAGGAAAAUACGCGGAGGACGCAGAAAAAAGGAGGACGUUUUGGUGAAACGAAAGAAUCCGAAAGAUCAAGUGGAACGAGGGAAACGAACCGACGAAAGAACAAAAACUGGGAAACCUAUCAGCCGCAGAAUGUACGUUAGCGCUUAGAAAAGUCGAGCGACAGAGGUGCCCGAGUCCUUGUUGAUCCCAAAAAAUUUCAGCGUGGAUGAUCGUUCAUGUUCUAACUAAACUCGGACUUAUAGUCUUCUCUUCGAAUAAUAGGCGACCAAAGCGUUCUCCAAAGAAUCUCUGAGCACUCGAACAGUAAGGGCGAAUAGAAUCGUGAUUAGAAAGAAAACAAUCGAUAAAGGUAGUGUUACCCUGAGAAACAAACCCUGGUAGGAGUGUUUCGAGAUUUAGGGUCGUUGGAUGGAGCUGGAAUUCAUCAUGGACGGCGGUGCAGAUGCUUUGAACGGGACGAUAUGGUUUCCCAAUACACCGUCGCCUCCGUACGAACAGCUGUCCCCGGUUCGUCAGAACAGGUGCGACCCCAUCGCCACUCAGCAUGCGUCAAUGGGAUAUCACAGUCCACAAAAUUCUUUAUGGCAGGAUAAAUACAACUCACCGAAGGAUUCCCCGGAGGACAGUGUCCAGAUACGUUCGAGCAGCGAAUCACCCCAACAUCUCAGCCCGUCUUCCGACAAUUCCCCCAAUUGCCAGCAGAGCAGCCUGAAACGUCGAGCCGGGGAGCCGUUGCCACAAAUUACGGAACUCGAGAAGAAACAUGCUAGGAGAGAUGGAUCUGUUGGGAACAAUGGUCCUGGACAAGGAUGGUCAACCCAAGUGGAGGAGCUGGCAGAACAUCUUGCCGCCGAUUUCGAUGGAUCUCUGUCGGCACUUGCGGCCUCCGACCUCGCGACAGCUGUCGCCUCCUAUAACAUGAGCGAAGCCCUGCUCGCGUUACCAUCGUUGACGGUGUUCAAGCAAGAAGCACCAUCACCGGAAAAUCAGCAAAAUUCCAAUUUAAACCACGUGUCACAGAGAACAAUUAAUUCGGCACCAGCGAACAACUCGAACGGCUCUGUCGAGGCUGACAGUAACAAUAAUGGGCAGACAGCAGCUAGUCUUCAUCAGUUGCUUUACUCCUCGAACGAGGAGUAUCCUCCAACAUCGUCCUCGGGAAACCACGUUUCAUCCUCUCAACAAGGAAACGAACUCAACGAGGACUGCCGUUUCCAAUACGUGCUUGCGGCUGCCACGAGCAUUGCGACGAAAGUCAACGAAGAGACGCUCACCUACCUGAAUCAGGGUCAAUCGUACGAGAUCAAAUUGAAGAAAUUGGGCGAUCUGUCGGCAUAUCGCGGGAAGAUUUUGAAGGGACAUCCAACGUUUUUGUUUCAGUCGACAAUACGCAUUUGCUUCCACGAGAGGAGACUUCAGUACACUGAACGGGAACAGAUGCUCGCAUGGCAACGCGCAAGACCCGGUGAAAGAUUGCUCGAGGUCGAUGUUCCCCUUAGUUAUGGGAUGGUAGACGUUUGUCAACCGUCUCCGUCCAAUAAUAGCGUGGAAUUCAUGUGGGACCCCACCAAGGAAGUCGGCGUUUAUAUAAAGGUGAACUGUAUUAGCACUGAAUUCACGCCCAAGAAACAUGGUGGGGAAAAAGGCGUGCCAUUUCGGAUCCAAGUGGAAACGCGACUACCGGGAGGCCCUCGUUUGCACGCUGCAUCUUGCCAGGUAAAGGUCUUCAAGUUGAAAGGUGCUGAUCGCAAACAUAAGCAAGAUCGGGACAAGAUACUGCGACGGCCGGCACACGAGCAGGACAAGUACCAGCCAAGCUACGACUGCACGGUUCUGUCCGACAUUCCCCUAGACUCGUUAUCGCCAUCCAAUUUGGUCACACAAAAUGGAGGGAGCCCCUAUGCGUCAACAGAGGCAGUAUCACCCCAAACCCGCUCUAUAAGUGGCAAUACAUCUCCGGUGGUAGCGCCUUUGGCACUUUCGGUUUCCAAUCCGGGUAUCGUACCUCUAGUUCCUGCCUCUGAUGCUGUAAAGGAAAAUGUGGGAACAGCACCGGCUCUACCAUCGCCUGCGGCAAUUUUGCCAGACCAGUCCUGUAUCGAAGCUGAAGCACCAUCGUGUUUGGCUCAAUUGUCACCAGACGCAAACGCGGCACAGACAACCACGUGGCUUCGCGCUAGUCGUUUCAAUGCAUUCGAGUCCACGUUCGCGAGCUUCUCUGCUUCGGAUAUCUUGCGACUCUCUAGAGACGACUUAAUCCAAAUUUGUGGCCUGGCUGAUGGGAUUCGAUUGUUCAAUGCGCUGCACUCGAAAGCGCCAACCCCGAAACUUACCCUCUAUUUCUCGUUGGAAGACAACGGUUCGCUUUGGAGAGUUGCUUACUUGGACAGUCUGACCAGCAGUGCCUUGAUAAACAAGCUACUGAACACCUUAAGUCUACCCCACGAUCGACUACAUUCUGUACUCUUUCUUGGUCCCCAAGGUAUCCAUGUAAUAGUCACCGAUGAAUUGGUAGCAAACAUGAAGGACGAAAGCAUGUACUUCGUUGAAACUAUCAAAGAUAACACGAGCGAACGCUACAAGCUGCUUCUAAAGCCUUCAUCGCGUUCCUAAAGGAUACAACCAAUGAUAAAUUAAUUACGAAAUUACUCAAUGGAUCUCUCGCGUGUUCUAAAUUUGCCAAAUGUGUCUGUGAUUCGAUAACAAAUUUACUACGUAGUAGGGCUUAAAAACAACGUACUUUUUCCGGUUUAAAUUAUGACGAUGGAUUUUAUGAAGGAAUAUUUUUUGAUUAUUUAUUGGCGAAUAUAGAAGGUGGUAAAUUGAUUAAUCGUUAAUUAAUCUUUUUAUCUUUGGCGGCUAUUUUGUGCAAGUAGAUAGAAAAGAACAAAUAGGAACUUGCUAACAGAUAGACGAGGAGAUAUAAGCAAACUCUACACGCAAUACUCACUAGAAGGUUCCGCUGUAACUAUAUUUCAGAAGCAGUUGUUGCUUCCAGAGAUAAACAAGUUUUCAGCAUUACAAAAAAUACAUAUAUGUGUCAAAUUAUAUAUUUUAUAUGUAUUACUUUACAGGAAAAUUUCAAUUAUCGUAAAAGUAAUAUACAGGUGUCUCAGAUAAUUCUUUUCUCUUCUUAGAAUUUAAGUAAAUUACUUAGUUUGAAAAUUUAUUUAGAGAAGACGUAAGUGGCGGUGGUUACUGCAAUUACUCAAUUCUUGUGCCACGACAUGCAAAUUUAGUAUGCGAAUAUUGUUAUUGUUAUGACUAUUCAUCAGCGUCGAAUGAAUUGUUAUUCCAAUUUACACAUUUUACCUACAACGUUAAUGAACGAUGUCGCCGAUGAAUAUGAUCUCUAUGUACACAAAGCGUAAUAUUUUUUUAUUGUCAUUAAUUAUUACGAUAUCGAAUAGCCACGACGCCUAAGAGGACGUAGAACGCAUCACUCCUAACGGAACUACUUUGCCAAGGCAAAGGAGCAAGAAUAGAGAACCAAACCAAAGUUUCUAUUCUUCGAUAUUAAAAGAAUGUCUUUAGAAAAGAUAUAAGUGCCUUAUUUUUUCUUUUUUGUUUAUAGCAAAGUGUUAGGAUUUAUUUAAUUAGAGUUUGACAAUUAAGGGUAAUAAUGAUUGCUUUGCCACGGAAAAUCAUGUUCACACUAUAUCGCAGUACAAAUUAGAGGAAGAUCAAUUUUUCCCUAAACAUCUUUGUAAAUCAUGGACAACAUACCAAGUAUUAUAAUUUACUACCAAAUGUUAAAUCGUAAGUUAGGAAUCUUGCAAAGAAUCAAUUCCAGAAUUAAUGAUAAAUACGAAUUCCUGAAUGGAUGUCAAUAUUUACGAUAUGGCUAUUAACAUCGUUUUUCUAUAUUUUAUGUACAAUCGAAUGUACCUUUAAUAUGUGAAUUGAACCAGUAAUGCAUCUCAUUGCUCAAUACAACGUAAAAACGCGUGUCGUUUACAUCACUCUAAUGAGCCGCGUAACAAUUGUUAGAAUCGUGUUAGCAAAUGGGGCAAAACUAUCGUUGUAUAUUUUAAUUUAGGUAAUGUGCGAAAUGAAAUUACAAGGAUAGGAACUUGAACUUCCACUGUAAUAAAUGGAAGUGUAUUAUUCGGUUGCAUGCUAUAUACAUAUUUCGAUAGAAAUUUCGGCGAAUAUGAUGUAUGUCACAGAACGGCACAAUAAAUAUCCUUUGUUGCCAAAAUA